GGUGUGCGCGGGCAGUGCCAAAUGCCUCCGGCCGCGCCGGCCCCCUGGCCCCGGGGCCCUCCCCCUCCAGCUGCUUUUAUGGCCGGCCUGUCACUCCCCGCCUUUGCUUGUGCAGCACGGCACCCAGCGGAGGAGGGCUUGUCACCACCCCGGACCAGGGCCCCCCUCCUCCCCCAGUUCGCCUGGCCUCCUCCUGUGUCAGCAAAGAGCCAAGACCUCUGCUCUGGUUCCCUGCCCCGCCAGCCACCUUAAAGAGAGGAAGGCAGCAGGCGAGGCAGGAGAGAGGGAGGGGAAGGAGGAAAGGAGGAAAGAAAGAAAGAAAGAAAGAAAGAAAGGAGGAAGAAGAAGAACCGAGAGGGGGCCCCCUCUUUCCACAUCCAUCUUUUGGGGCACUUUGAUCUCGUCACCUCCAGGGGAGGGGGAAGGACCGCGGACCAGAGGAGCACCUCUCCCUCCCUCCCUCUCACUCUCUCUCUCGCUCGCUCGCUCUCCCCCUUGGCACCGGGCACCCCGUCCCCUCCAGAGCCUCCCCACCACCGGAUCAGGAUGAAGGGGCUCGGGCUGGCCUUGGCGGCCCUGCUGCUGGCUGUGGCCGGCCCCCUGGCGCGGGGCGAGGACGGGCUGGAUUUCCCGGAGUACGACGGCAUAGACCGGGUGGUGGACAUCAACGCCAAGAACUACAAGGCUGUCCUGAAGAAGUUCGAGGUGCUGGCCCUCCUCUACCACGAACCAGUGGAGGACACCAAGGCCUCCCAGCGGCAGUUUGAGAUGGAGGAACUGAUCCUGGAGUUAGCAGCCCAAGUCCUGGAAGAUAAAGGGGUGGGCUUUGGCCUGGUGGACUCGGAGAAGGAUGCUGCUGUUGCCAAAAAACUAGGGCUGACGGAGGAAGACAGCGUGUACGUCUUCAAGGAGGAUGAGGUCAUCGAGUACGAUGGGGAGUUUUCAGCCGACACCCUGGUGGAGUUCCUCCUGGACGUGCUGGAGGACCCGGUGGAGUUCAUAGAGGGAGAUCAUGAGCUGGAGGCCUUUGAGAACAUCGAGGACGAGCCCAAACUCAUCGGCUUCUUCAAGAACGAAGACUCAGAACAUUACAAGGCCUACCUAGAUGCUGCAGAGGAGUUCCACCCUUACAUCCCCUUCUUCGUUACCUUUGACAGCAAGGUUGCCAAGAAAUUAUCCCUCAAGCUGAACGAGAUCGAUUACUAUGAGCCGUUCAUGGAGGAGCCAGUCACCAUCCCCGACAAGCCCAACAGCGAGGAAGAGAUCAUGCAGUUCCUGGAGGAGCACAAGAGGCCAACGCUGAGAAAACUCCAGCCAGACAGCAUGUAUGAAACCUGGGAAGAUGACAUUGACGGCAUCCACAUCGUGGCCUUUGCAGAGGAAGAUGACCCCGAUGGUUAUGAGUUCCUGGAGAUCCUGAAGGACGUGGCUCAAGACAACACAGACAACCCAGACCUCAGCAUCAUCUGGAUUGACCCCGAGGACUUCCCCCUGCUGAUCCCAUACUGGGAGAAGACUUUCGACAUUGACCUGAACCGGCCUCAGAUUGGGGUUGUCAACGUAACGGACGCCGACAGCAUCUGGCUGGAGAUGGACGAUGAGGAUGACCUGCCCUCCGCCGAUGAGCUGGAGGACUGGCUGGAGGACGUGCUGGAAGGAGAGAUCAACACAGAGGACGACGACGACGAUGACGACGACGACGAUGACGAUGAUGACGACGACGACGAUUAGGAGCGGCCGCCGGCAGCUGCUGGCCCCGGGGCAGGCCUUGCCUGGGGUCCCCCCUGUGUCAUACCUUCCCCCCGAGUGUCACACAGGCGGCCACCGCAGCAGGGUGCCUGGCCCACCCAAGGGUGACGAGCGCCACCAGCCCCGGAC